CUUUUCUUUUUUUUUUUUUAUAAUUUAAUUUUGCAUCAUGGUCAAUCUUUCAUUAUAUUCUAUAAAAGCUGUUAUUUUACUUGAUGCGGAGGGUAAUCGCGUAUUAGCUAAAUACUAUGAUAAUGAACACACUACUUUAAAACAACAAAAGCAGUUUGAAAAAGGUUUAUUCGAUAAAACAAAGCGUGCGCAAGGCGAAGUUAUUUUAUAUGAUAAUCAAAUUGUUUUGUAUCGUUCAAAUAUUGAUAUUUUCUUUUAUGUUGUCGGUUCAAUGGAAGAGAAUGAGUUGAUUUUAUUAAGCAUGUUGAAUGCUUUCUAUGAUGCAGUUUCUACUUUAUUAAGAUAUCAAGUUGAAAAACGUGCUGUAAUGGAUAAUUUAGAUUUAGUCAUUCUUUGUCUUGAUGAAACUGUAGAUGGAGGAAUUAUAUUAGAAACAGACUCAAACGCAAUUGUUAGUCGAGUAUCUAAACCUCGUAUGGACAUGGUCGAUAUUCCUUUUUCUGAACAAACUUUGCUACAGGCCUAUCAAACUGCAAAAGACAAAUUUGCUAAUCAAUUAUUGAGAUAGAAAAAGCACUUGCAUACACACGUAUAUAAUAUUGUAUUCUAUUAUAUAUGUAAACCUUAUUAUUAUUAAUAAACUCCCCCCCCUUUUUUUUUUCUUUUUAUUACCG